AUGGUUGAUUAUUUGAGAUUGUUGCGAUGCUUCAGCUUCACGGCAUCGCGUGAUUGGUUAUUCCGGCAAUCAUUCGCAAACGCCGGUCUCCGCUCCGUCACCACCAAUCUCUCCCACACCAAUUCCAUCGCGUCGACAACGUCUAUGCAUUGCUGGAUCUCUAAAUCCCCAAACCGAUCCAAACCAAACCUCCUCCUCGUACACGGAUUCGGAGCCAACGCAAUGUGGCAAUACGGCGAACACCUCCGAUCCUUCACCGGCCGGUUCAACGUCUACGUCCCCGAUCUCCUCUUCUUCGGACUCUCCUCCACUUCCGAACCGAACCGGACCGAGUCUUUCCAAGCUCAGUGCCUGAUGAGGCUAAUGGAAACUCACGGAGUCCACACGAUGAACAUCGUCGGGAUAAGCUACGGUGGAUUCGUCGGGUACAGUUUAGCGGCGCAGUUUCCGGAGAAAGUGGAGAAGCUGGUGCUAUGCUGCGCCGGGGUUUGCCUUGAGGAGAAAGACAUGGAGGAUGGUUUGUUCAAGGUUCCGAAUCUAGAGGAAGCCACUGAGAUCUUGAUUCCUCAGACGCCUGAGAAGCUUAAGGAGCUUAUUAGAUUCUCUUUCGUUAAGCCGAUCAGAGGUGUUCCUUCGUUUUUUCUAUGGGAUUUUAUCGAUGUGAUGUGUACGGAGUUUGUAGAGGAGAAGAGAGAUUUGAUCAAGUCGAUACUUAAAGAUCGAAGACUUUCAGAUCUUCCUAGGAUCAGACAGAAAACUUUGAUCAUAUGGGGAGAAGAAGAUCAAAUAUUUCCACUUGAACUUGGUUACAGAUUGAAAAGAUAUAUUGGAGAGAAUGCAGAGAUGGUGGUGAUUAAAAAGGCAGGACAUGCUGUUAAUUUGGAGAAAUCCAAAGAGUUUCUCAAGCACUUGAAAUCUUUUCUCAUUGACUCUUUGUGAACUAGUUGUUCUGUUUAUCUGGAACUGUACUGUUCCUGGUAUCCGAUUCCUACGAUAAAAAAAUGAAAAGUGGGCUUCGGUGAGCUA